AUCCAAUAAAGGCAGAUAGAUUGCUCGCCUCCUCUUUUGCCCUCCAAGGCGGGCGGAGGAACGGGAGGACAAAAUCUAUCUCGAACCUGCCCCUUGUUUAUAAUAGCGUAGAAUUAUUAUUACUACUAUAUUUUCACUUUGACAACAAGAUGCCUGUGGCACGAGGCGCCAAGAAGCCGGGUCCUGUCGACUCCGACUCUGACGACGAUGGUCUCAUCUCCAAAAAGCCGACCAAAUCGUCCACCUAUUCGGUUCCUACCGGCAACAAGAAGCAGUACAAGGAUGGGUUCAAGGACUCCGGCGGGCUGGAGAACCAGUCGGUGGAGGAGCUCGAGAACUACGCGGCGUACAAGGCCGAGGAGACCACGGACACGCUCAACGGCUGCCUCCGUAUCGCUGAGAACAUCAAGGAGGAUGCUGCCAACACGAUGAUAACCCUGCAAAAGCAGGGAGAGCAGAUCAGCAGGACCCACGAGAAAGCCGUCGAGAUCGAUCAGGACCUCGCCAAGGGUGAGGGGCUCCUGAAUAGCCUUGGAGGGUUCUUCUCCAAGCCAUGGAAGCCCAAGAAAACAAAGAAGAUCAAGGGGCCAGUGUCGCGAGAUGAUUCCUUCAAAAAGAAGACGAGCCGAAUGGAACAGAGGGAUAAGCUAGGGCUGAGCCCUCGAGGGAAGGGGAAUACCCGCGAGUACGGCGAUGCCACAAAUGCCAUGGACAAAGUUCAGUUGGAGAAGAAAAAGCAGGAUGAUGCCCUCGACGACCUCAGUGGCGUGCUGGGGCAGCUCCAGGGCAUGGCUGUUGACAUGGGAUCAGAGCUUGAUAGGCAAAACAAAGCACUCGAUGAUAUGCACGGCGACGUGGAAGAACUCAACUCCAGGGUGAAGCAAGCGAACCAGCGCGCCCGCAAGAUUCUCGCCGAUUAGUCGAUCGUCAAACAUGUCUGCAAGCGUUAUUAUGAGUAGUUGACAAACAUGUCUGCAAAUGUUAUUAUAAGUAUCAACCACUAUUUGCAGAGAAAACGAAAAUGAGAGAUUGUUGUUGAA